UAUAUCGGUAGAUGAAAAUCAUUGUCUUUAGGGUAACCUAGAAUUAUAGACGGUGAAAAUGGUAGCAGUUGUAGGAAACAUUCUUACACAGGCUGCGCUCUUCGCAAUACUUGCCUCUCAUGUCGCCAUCGUAAAGGCACAGUUGAGAUUUGCAUCGGUAGGAAAUUGGGGAACUGGUUCAAAAUACCAGAAGAGGGUUGCCGAGACUUUGAAGAAGUCUAUCGCCAACGAUCGCGUUACAUUCAUUGUUUCACCAGGAUCUAACUUCGAAUACGGAGUAACCGGAUCCAAUGACACUAAAUGGGAUACACAUUUCCAGUCUGUCUACAGGAGCGAAGAUGGCUCCAUGGAAAUCCCGAUGUUCACUGUCUUAGGUGCAGGUGACUGGUUGGGUGACUUCAACUCCCAAAUCAACAGGAACCAACAGGCAUACUUCACCUCCCAAGUGGAUGAAAAGAAUGGUGCAAAGGGCCUCCCAAGGUGGACUAUGCCAAACUGGUGGUAUCACUACUACACUCACUUUGCAACAACUGCAUCCAUGUCACUCCUUAAGAGUGGGCACAAGGAUAUGAGCGUCGGUUUCAUCUUCAUUGACACCUGGAUCCUAAGUACCGCCUUCCCUUACAAGGACGUCAGCAAUGCUGCCUGGGCUGACCUAAAGAAGGUCCUUGAAAUUGCCCCUAAAAUCCUUGAUUAUAUCAUAGUGGUCGGUGACAAGCCAAUUCAAUCUAGUGGACCAUCUAAGGGCGACGCCCAGCUUUCUUACUACCUUUUACCACUACUCCGUGACGCCCAAGUUGAUGCGUACAUUGCAGGAUAUGAUCACAACAUGGAAGUGAUUGACAGCAAUGGAAUUGCCAUGAUAGUCACCGGUAACGCUGGUACUGGAGGCAGGAAACCUAUAAUGAAGACUACUAACUCAGCAUUCUUCAGUGAAAAGGCAGGAUUCUGCAUUCACGAACUUGGCGCCGAUGGUAUGGAGACCAAAUUCAUCAAUGGUGAGACUGGUGAUGUAAUGUACACCCACAAGCAAGCCAUCAAGAAGCGUCCUCAACGCCAAUACGGUAACGAGGUACAACACGUGUCUGCACUACCCACAGUCAGCCUAUACCCUAUUGGCGAGAUGGCAUCCCCUACCCAGAUGGAUGCCUUCGUUAAGAUCGUAGGAACCAUCGGUCUCAUUAUAGCCGGUCUACACCUUACCCUGCUAUCGGGUACCACUUUAGGGAAGGCAGCUUCCAUUUAAAUAUUACAUUAAUAUCUC